GCACACUCAGUGCGAUCCCUCAUCCUGCAAAGAUGGUACAUUCAGGUGGCACAGGUCUUGCGUUUGGCAUUGCGACCGUGCUGGCUGCCACCCAGCUCCGAGAUAGAACGAGCUUCGUUGAAAGCUUUGCAGCUCCACUUCGGGGGCUUGUUCCUCGAGCUCCCGAGCAUGGCGUGCCCAGAGGACGCAGUUCUUCAAGCUCAAGUGGUUCCGAAGCAAUCCUCGCUGCCAGCAUUUUCAUUGCUGCUGCGUCUAGACAUCCGCGAAUACGUGGCACUGCUCGCCAUGCAGAGGAUGGCGGUGAUGCAAGAUCCAAAGAUAAAAGCCAUAGAAAGAAUACUGAAAAAGCCCUGACUGACGAAGCGGUGGAAGACAUGGACCGUCAAAUGGUCGAUUGCGCUGAGGCUGGAGACUACGAAGGAGCUGCGGCCUUUCGGGAUAAGCUCUGUUCUGCCCAGCUCGACGAUGAGGCCAGUGUGCUUCAGGCAAAUGUGGAGUUUUAUGCAGCUUUUUCGCAAAGAGAUUUUGAGAGGAUAAAGGCUUGCUGGUUGCCAUCUGCAGCUGUGCAGUGUGUUCAUCCUUAUGACAAGACUAGCUUCCUUAUGAAUGGACUUUCCGAGAUUAGUGAGUCCUUCAAGCGAGUGUUUGAAGAGUCCAAAACAAAGAAUCGGUUAGUUCCUGAAGAGGUGAAGGUGAACUUGCGGGGUGCCACCGCAGUUGUCACAUGCCAAGAGAAAAUUGUGAAUAACAAGAAGGUUCAGAGCACGCUGCUGGCAACACAUGUAUUCAGAAGAGGUCCUCGUGGCAAGUGGCUGCUCUUGCACAGACAUGCCAGCAAACCACCAGGAGAGUGGUCGAUGAUCAAUGGCGAUGAGAAUGGAGUUGCAUGGAACGCGCGUUUGCAACAGCUCAUGCGUGCGGCCCAAACCUUGGGACCAGGAAACGCUCAACUCAUCGUCAAUACAGCCAAUCCGUUUGACCAGGAUGAUGAGGGUGAUGGUCCCUUUGGGCUCACUGGGGUCAUCACAGCUCAUGAUGCCGACUCGGACUCUUCUGAUUCAGAUGAUGAUGAGCCUGGUGAGCUGUACGUUGAAGAUGAUGACGAGUCGAUGAUGGAAGAAACACGGCGGGACGUGUGGAAAGCUUUGAGGAAGCUGGUGAUUGAAGGCUGGAUCACCUCCGAAGAUAAAAUCGAGAUCCUGGCCGACAUGCUUGAACAUCCGGAAGACUCCAUGGUGGAGAAAGCUCAUCGGUUGUUGUGUACCAAUGUAGGGGAUGCAGAAAGACGCACCGCCUGGGAAGACUUUGGCGAAUUGAUCGCCCUCCAGGUGAAAAGGCUCAAGUCGAAGGCUUCCAAAGAGUGAGCAGCGCAGCAAGCGCAGCAAGCGCAGCAAGUAGCUCGAGCAAAAGUGUUUUCACAACGUCACAGUGGCUGGGCCGGCUGUCAUGUGCUGUCGUGAGGGAGC